GAGAGAGGCAGGGAGAGAGUAAGAGAGAGCUCGCGCACAGUCUCGCGGACCGUCGGAGCUUCCGCAGCAUCGGACCUGGAAACCAAACCGAACCAGCACCGCUGCCCAAAAAACCCACAGUACCGGAACGCAGCGCCGGGCGCGUGCUCAGGUGAGGAGCAAGAGGAGGAGCGGACCGAGGCCGAAGCCCGAGCGGAGAGGCCGGGGACGGUGCAGCUGAAGCCGGGGCCGUUGCCACGGAAGAGUCGGUGUGAAAGCAGGAGAGGAGCACGGAGGAGCACCUCCGCCUCCGCCGAUGGGGUAGAGCCGGCUGGCGUCCGCAGCAGCCCGCAGAGCCUCGGACGGUCCGCGCUCACCUGCCCGCCCCGACCCGCGGGGCCGGUGAUGUAGCAGCCGCCCCCUCCCAUCGCAUCCACCCACCGAGCACCGCCGCCUCCUCCGCCCAGACUCCCACCAUGCCUGCGGGGAUGAAACCUCUGGAGAAGUUCCUGAAGAAGCAGACCACGGCGCUGACCCGGGCCGGGGGCUUCGUCGGCGGGGUGGCGGAUAAAGCCAGCGGCGGCACCGGGGCGUCCCGCCGCAGGGCCAGCCUGUCCCGGGUCGUCCCGUUCUUCAGGGAGACGUCACCGGAGAGCGGCCAGGCUCGCGAGGUGUUCAGCCCUGACAGUGAGGACCCACCCUCCUGGCCCUCAGCCACAGGGACCGGUGUAGUGACGGCCCCCAGCAGUGCUAAUGGCUCUGGCUCUGGUUCGGGGUCCGGUUCUGGUUCUGGAGGAGGAGACGUCCGCAGCCCGUCUCUGUCCAGUGACGAGCAGAGCUCUGAGGCGAGCCUCAUCACGGAUGGGGGAGGAGGAGGAGGAGGAGGAGGGGGGGGAACACCUGUUCACGCCGAUACCCCAGAAAACCUGACGCUCGCAGUGCUGGACAGCGUGGUGGGAAAACGCUUCGGACACUGCAAAGAAACGCUCCUGGAUGACUUUAUGUUGACACAUCCCAUCUUCCUGGCGGCGGACAGGCUCCAGCAGGUCCUGCUGCAGCAAUUCAGCCUGGAGGGAGAUGGAGGAGGGAAGGACGGGGAGGCGGAGGGGUGGAGGAGAGAGGGAGGAGGGAGAGGAAGAGGGGAGAGGGACGGAGAGAUGGAGGGAGUGAUGGAUGGAGCAGAGAGGAAGCAGGCGGUGCUGACGGUGGCGUUUCGAUACCUGGACACCUACAGAGAGCUGCUGCAGGAGGAGGGCGAGCGCAGCAACAGCUUCCCCAAGGAGCUGUACAUGUGUGCCGUACAGGAGUUGGCCCGGUAUCCUGAACUGGUGGAGGACGUCCUCAAACUGCAGCGAUGGACCGAGAUCUUACACUGCCCCUGUGACGAGGAGAAGGAGAGCAGGAAGAAGCAGGUCCGCCCUCUGUUCAGACACUUCAGACGCAUCGACGCCUGCCUGCAGCCCAGAGAGGCCUUCAGAGGCUCCGACGAGAUCUUCUGCAGGGUGUACACUCCGGAUCAUUCCUACGUCACCAUCAGGAGCCGUCUGUCCUGCCGGGUUGGAGAGAUUCUGGCUCUGGUCAAAGAGAAGCUCCAGUACAGCGAAGACCAGCCGGUCCUGCCGGGAAACCUCAUACUGGUGGCCGUGACGUCAGCCGGAGAGAAAGCCGUGUUUCGUCCCAGCGACGAGGCCGUCUUCACCACGCUGGGAGUCAACACUCACCUGUUCGCCUGCGAACCCUCCGAACUCGACUCACUGCUUCCUCUUCCUGAGGAGAUCCACUGGACGCCGGGCGACAGUAAACUCCACGACAUGUCGGCAGAGGAGGUGGCCAAUCAGCUGGUGGUGUUCGACUGGGAGCUCUUCAGCUGCGUGCACGAGGUGGAGUUUGUGUGUUACGUGUUUCACGGAGAGCAGUCGCGCUGGCGCCCCCUGAACCUGGAGCUGGUACUGCAGCGGUGCAGCGAGGUGCAGCACUGGGUCGCCACGGAGAUCCUGCAGUGUCAGUCGCUGCCGAAGAGGAUCCAGCUGCUCCGCAAGUUCAUCAAGAUCGCAGCGCUCUGUAAGCAGCAGCAGGACCUGCUGUCCUUCCUCGCCGUGGUUCUGGGUCUGGACAACCCCGCCGUCAGCAGGCUGAGGCUCACCUGGGAGGGUCUGCCGGGGAAGUUCAGGAAGCAGUUUCAGCAGUUUGAAAGCAUCGCGGACCCGUCCAGGAACCACAAGUCCUACAGAGACCUGAUCACCAGCCUGAGGCCUCCGCUGAUCCCCUUCACUCCUCUGCUGCUCAAAGACUUGACGUUUCUUCACGAGAGCUGCAAAACGUUUCACGGUGAACUCGUCAACUUUGAGAAGAUGCACAAAGUGGCCGAGAUGGUGAGGAACAUCAGACGAUACAGGAGCAGCCAGCUAGCCAUAGAUACGGAGAUGUCUCCCUCCCACCUGCAGACCAAGGCCUACGUGCGGCAGCUGCAGGUGAUCGACAACCAGAACCUGCUGUUCGACAUGUCUUGCAAGCUGGAGCCCAAAGACACAUAGAGGGAGGAAGGUGGAGGAGGAGGAGGAGGAGCUGAGGACGGCAGAGGGAGAGGAAGACAGGACACCAAGCCUGGACGCUUCAGUCCUCCUCCUCCUCAAACAACACUACAGAGGACUCGAGCUGCGGGUCCAGACUUCACGUUUACACCCUCAGAGGAGUUCUGCUGGGACCCGUCCAGGGACCGGUAGUCCUCGCUCUGCACUCAGAGGCCAUUUACCCCUAAAAACUGGGAAUUCUCAUUCACAGGAACGUUCAGGAAGCUUUCAGGACUGAAAGGAUUUGGAAAAGGAUUAAAAGUAAAAAUAAAGAAAAAGCAGAUCUCGCGAGACGAGCGUUCGCGAGCCCAGACCAUCCAGAACCUGAAGCCUAAACCCAACAACUGUCCUGCAUCAGCACCACACUUUGAAGCUGGAAGCUGGAGCUGCAGUCAGAGUCAUUUCAAAGUCCGAACACCGAAAUUCAAACCUCAGUUUAUCUGUUUAGUGGACGUCUGAGCGCCGCGGCACGAAACCCCCAAGUGCUCAUCGAGCCAAACAUGAUGUGAAAUCAAAUCAGAGUAAACUGUAAAUCAGGAAGUGCUGAAACCAGACGUGGAGAGAGAAACUCCAAACACGAGUCGGGACUGAAUGCUCUCCGACUCCAGGCUCCGCCUCCUGCUUUUCCUCCUGUGGCACUCGACCACUCAGAUUGCAGACAAUCUGACGGCUGACCUUCAGCCGCUGUGAGCGCCUCAGAUGGCGAGAGUAAAGACGUUCCAGGUCUCAGAGCACCUCGACCACGUGAAAUGAGCAGAAGUGUGGAGCUGACGAUGGUGGCGUUUCUUUAACAGCCAUCUUGGAUUCUUCAGCUCUGAGAUCCACGAGCGUCCACAGGCUGAGGAGCAGCUGCAGGUUUGGACCCGGUGAAACCGGAGCAGCUCUCCUGCAGGUGGAACUGGUCCAGUUUUCCAAACUCCCGGAUACGAGUUUGGAUCUCGUGCAUUUCAUCGAGUUUUCUGUCAAAGUCACGCCUCACGGAUUCGUGGCCACUUUCUCACACAUCAGAGCUUUCCAGAACAUUCCUGUACCUGAACACACCGGACUCUGAUGACGCAUUCACUGACCAUGUCAGACUCACGGACACUGUGAGGUCAUCGCGGUGCGUUCGUGGACGUGUAGAUGCUGGUUUUCUACCGUACGACUCCGGAGAGCUCCUCGGUGUUUCUGUUUCAGGACUUUGAUGAACGUCAGCGCCCGUCAGCUUUUAAAGGACCACGCCCGUGUUUUUAAACCUCUCGGCCAUCGCUCAGUUGAACGUGGGAAUGGGGUCUUUUUUUUUUUACCGGCAGCUUCAGUUCUGUUCACUGUGAGGCUCUUAUACUGAAAGGGUUUCUAGCAGCUACAGUCUGAUCUGAGAGCAGAUGAAAUGAACCAGUAAAACCAGUGUGUUUUGAGCAGUGCAGACAGGUCAAAGUCCAAACGCCAAAUCUGUGAUCAGGCUGAGGUGCAGACAAAGUAGAGACAUGAGGAAAACCUGAGGAAUAAAAGAAGCAGGAAAUGCAGAAUAAAACAGAAGCGACAUUAAUUCUGAUUUUCAGUCGUUCUGAUGUAAAAGGGAGGUUUGAGCCUGUUCGUGACGCUUAACUGCGAAACUUCAGUGAAGUGUGAAGUAACACAAAUUAAACUAUUUUGUUUAAAAAAACACAUUUCCAGAUAACCUUCUCUGAUCCUCAUCAAACUAACAAUCCUCUGAUUCUCUGAACAAAAGUGGAUUCACACCGAUGGUUGGAAGAUUUUAGGGUUAAAAUACUUCAAGCAUCAUUAAAUUCAUAUUGAAUAAUUCAUCUCUCAUUAAUCGAGCGGUCUUGGCGGCUCUGGCGUAACGUCCCGCUUCGUGGUGGUUUCUCAGUGUGCGGCGGCGUUUUGUCCGGUUAAACUGAUGGUAGGUCCCACCGGUGACCCGGAGGAGCGCUCUUACGACGAUUAACAGUGUGCGUCACAAACCUGCAUCCACACCAGCUUCACCCACUCGCCGCAGGUUUUACUUAUCUUUGGGCGAGCUGAUUCUGGCCCUCAGGCCGUAUGUUUGACACCGUGCUGUAAAACCUGCGAGUUUAAAGGAGAAGUUGGUACGAUGCUCGGAGUUUAUCAGGUUCUUUCUCUCUACCCAGAAUGCACCUCUCCUCUGAAGGUCUGAACGUCUGGCUCGGGAAUCCUUCGAGCUGAAGGAAAACACGGGUCUGGUCCUUUAAGAACGCUGCUGGUCGUUGGCUGAUUGGACUGAUGAUCACGUGACAGCCGAUCGGCUGCGCUCAUGCCGAUGUCACGGACACAGAGAAGUGGGCGGAAACACUUCUUCGCUCAACGCUUGGAUCUAACUGCUGUCACACCGACCGACCAAUCGGCUUUAAGGAAGGACCCCUGACCGCCCCCGCCCCCACAGAGCUGCCCUCCCAUCGGUUGACUCGGCGCAUCGGGGUGGUCGGGGUCCACGGCAAUAAGAGUAGUGACGGGAAGCGAAGCCGGUCGGUCAACGCAUGGCGUCAACGAAGCACUUUGGCGAACCUCAGGGCUCAGAGACACACAGAGGUUUUGUUUACUCCUUUUCUUGCUUUCAGUAGAGUUCAGUUCAGUUGUGUUGCGAUUGAUUGGUUCUGUGUUUGUACAGCUGAUCACACUUCAGUCAUAUUUACUCCAAUAAUAAUAAUAAUAAUAAUAAUAUUAAUAAUAAUAGAAUCUACAGAGCUGUUGUUUUUAUGCUGUGAGCGCCGCCAGGCCUGAGCGCAGACGUUUACCUUCUGAGUCAAAGAGCCGCUCACCUGACGGCAAAGAAGAAGAAAGUUAGUCUGAGUCCUUCUGCUCAAUUUUUAAAGGCCUGCGGGUCAGGUGGUACAGAAGGUUAGACCCUGGACAGGUGUGCCGGAGAGCUGACGUCGCUCAGCUGGUUCGGCUACACCAUCGUAUACCCCCCGCCGCUCUUUGCCCACAGAGUGAAUGUCCUACGUGUCCUCUGUGGGCCUCUGUAGGCGGGCUGUUCGAAGCACACCUUGCCGACCGUGACCUGCUUCACCACAGUGUGGCGCUGUCAUGUUUCGGAGUGUUUUUUUUCUGGGUGAGGACUGAUGUGUGCAGGAAACAAACUGCACAAGGUUUUAGGAGUCGAGACAAAAGGACAAAAGGCUGACACCUUCUUCUUUCUUCAGUUCACGUCGAGUUUUAAAAAAAUCAGAUUCCCAGGAAAAGACUUCCAGACGUCCGUGCUCGCUUCUCUCGGCCGAAUCCUCGAUUGUGAGGACAGUCUCAGUGAUCUGAGGCGUGUCUCGUUUUGCCUCUGUCUCCUUUUUCUGAUCCGGACACUUUUUGUUACUUUCCCUUAUCGCCUGGACCCUUUUAGGGGAACGUAACAAAAUCAUCAAGUUUACAGCAUCCUUCAGUUUUUUUCUGAACAGAAGGUUGUUGGAGAUGUGAGACGUUCGGGAGCUGGAAGUCUUUUCCUGCUGCGUCAUCACGUUUUUCUUUGACUCGGUCUGAUGAGCCCGAUCUCUUUGUUGGACUGAAGCUUCGCUGCGUCAGGGCGGCUCAGCUGAAAAUGUGUAAAUGGUUUGAAAACGUUCUUUGUGCUCAGCUCUGGUGGUCAGUGAGACUUCUUCAUUCUCCAUCUGUACCAUAACAUCCUGUUUGUGAAAGCGAGGCCGGUCCCGUCCAGAAACGAGUCCUCGGCACAGCCCAGAGCUGCUCGUACCUCUGUGAGUCCCGUUCACUUAAACCAGGCUUUCAUUUUGGGCAUUUGGGAAGAACCUGGUGGUUUAAGCACUGAGUAAUGCCCUCAUUUUCACUCGUCAAAUUGAGGCUUUUAGUCCCAGCUUGACCGUGCAGGACUUAAACUGAGGUUACUUGAUUCUGGACCGGACGAGAGCUUCAAAACGUCUUCAGCUCAACAAGACCUUUUAUCCAAUAUGGAGCUCCGAGGAAUGCAAGUUUGAAUUUUCAGGAACACGUUUGCGUUUCCCAAAAAAUGAGACAGAAAUCCUGAUUGAAGACUUCAAAAAGUUAAUUUGAGGUUUAAGUCCAACUCUGAAUUUCACUAUUUGAGAGAUGCAAAUUUUACAAGAAGUCCAAAUGUCCAACAGCAAACCCAAGAAAGCAAGUCUGACUAAAGCUUCAGUGCUUUUUCAUGGAUUCAGUAAAGGAGGAGAAGUUGAGGUGGCCUGCAAAGUGGCUUGCAGAUUUGCAGAAACUGCUGGUCACUGUAGGAGAACAGGCGGUGUGCUGGGAUAGCUAUCUGAGCCUGAACGUUAUAUUCAGUCUUUCUCACUCGUCAGAAAUCAGAGCCAAACAAAGUUCGCAGGUUUGUCUCAAAUUAGAAAUUCAAGUAGAACCUAAACGCUGCCGUUUGAGUCUCAACUUCCAAGAAAAUGAGUUUUAAACUGAAGAAAUUUGAAGUUCAAUGGAUGAUGACUCAAAAUUCGCAAGUGCGCUCUCUCAGUCUCGAAUCCCAACAACAACACGUUCAACGUUUGAACUAUAAAAUGUUCCCAAAAAUGGGAGGUCCAGAGCAGCUCCCUGUGAUUUGCGUUGUUCCCUCCAGAGUUGAAGAACUCUUUAUUUGAUACUAAAGGUCUUGUCGAGGCGGCGACGUUAGCGGCGGUUUUGGCGGGUACAAAGUGUGAAACCCAGCGAAGAUUACUAUUAGAUCAUCACUAGUCUGCCGGUGGCUCUCUCAGGACCACUUCCUGGGUGUCAGGCGCUCUAUCGUGGAUCCCACCGUCGUCCCCGGCAGAAACGGAUGUCCUGAAUCUCGACUCUACCCUGAUUUAAGCUAACCUUAUCUCGCACAUUUCCGACCUCACAUCCUCCUGCAGCAAACCUUCCUGUUUCACGGACCAAUCACGGUUUCUGCCUGCGCUUCGCUGGGAUCCAUGAUUCUGGAAGGCGGGCGGCCUCUUGGGUCGAGGCCGUCUGCGCUGUCGCCUGAACAAAAACACUGAAAAAAUUAAAGUGUACAUAUUGCAACCGUGUAAAUAGGAAAAUACUAACGGAGACUAUAUUUUAUGUAUGAGCGGAGAGAGAGCAGCACUAACUCAAGGAGAAACUUUAAUUUGGUGUUUUCUAUUUGUAAAAGUGAGAUAAAGUGUAAAGUGAUGACAGGAAGAAAUGAUUCUGACUUUAUGAAUUGUACAGUUAACGCCUCAGUUUGACCGUUCUGUUGUUUUCUAUCUAAAGCUUUGGGUUCUUUUUGUUUCUUCUUUUUUUGUACAUAAGUGGUUGUUUACAUCGAUAACGAGUCCUUAUGUCUGUGAACGUCAGACAGUCAGUGGAGCAGAGGUCUGAUGGGGGCGGGGCUCGGAGGGAUGGCAUCGUAACACAAAACACUCAAAGAAUCAAAGGAGAUAAAUGUAAAGAUGAUUUUCAUGUAUGGUUAAACAGCACUUUAAUAAUAAUAUAAAAAUAAUAAAAUAUUUCUUUACAGUAAAAUAAUUUAACAGGGAAAAUGACAUUUGCAGUUUUACAGGAAAAAAUGUAAUCGUUAGAUUUUAUUUUAGAUUUCCAGAAAUAAGAGAACAACAAUAAAAAGAAUUUGAUUUUAAGAAUGAAGUUUUUCUGUUAUAACUGUCUCUGAUCGUUUUAAAAAGUCAAAAUGUCACAUGAAAUUUGGAUAAUAAGAAACAUUAUUAAUAUUAUAAAUGUUAACUUGUGAGAAUAGCGUUGAAAAGUGUUUAAGAUUUUCUCAGGGUUCAAUAUCAUGAGAUAAAUAAAUGAACUUUAUCACAUUACAAAAAGUUUUAUUACACAAAGUAAUUUUAAGCUGAAAAUUAGGUUUCAUUUUUUUGUGAGUUUUAUAAUUAUUAUAACUAAUAAUUAUGCAAUUUAAUGAUUUCAAACGUCACGAAAUAAGUUGUAACACAGUGGUCCCUCGCUAUAACGCAGUUCACCUGUCGCUGCUUUGUUUUCCUUCUUCUUCUUUUUUUUUUACAGCACAUUGUGUUCUGCGUCCUGAUUGGCUGUAGACCACUGUCAAUCACUCUCCUCCAUGCCGUGUCUCCUGUACAGUACAGAAUGCAUUCAGCUUGUCACAUUUACAUAAAUCUUCAAUCUUAGCAGUGUGACUCUGCAGUGCUGUACUGUGUGUUUGUAAGUUUUCUCCCCAACAAACACAACAAUGUCGACGAAAUGUUUUGCACCAUCAAAGGCUCCUGAAGUAGCACCCAGAAGGCAGAGGAAGAUGCUAACCAUCGCACAAAAAGUUGGACUUCUGGACAGGCUAAAGGAAGGUAGAAGUUACCAUAUUUUUCUGAUUAUAAGGCGCAUUAAGUGAAACAAAACAGUCAGAAAGGUCAAACUUUACUCGACUCGUUCUUCUUGCUUCCUCCACUUUUGUAUCAUUGAUUCAUUAAUUCCAUGUUCUGGACCUGAAAACAGGGUUUGAAAACAUUCUAUAAUACUCGGCUUAUUUUCUAUGAAGGUUUGAACUUUCAGAGUGUUUAAACAAGAGAAAAGUGUCAAAAGUUGGCUACUUCGCGGAUUUCACCUAUCGCGGGUUAUUUUUAGAACGUAAUUCCUGCGAUAAACGAGGGACCGCUGUAUUACAAAACUGUGACUCUGUUCUUGAAAUAAUUUCUGUAUAAUUGUACAAAGAGAAGCGUCAGACUGGACGGACGUUUCAUAGUGAAAUUACAAUUUUAUUUGUAAUUUUUAAAUCCAUUGUAUUACAUUAUCAUGGAACAGGAGUCUUUCAAGAGCAAGUUUCAAAUUUUUAAAAUAUAUCAAGUAAAAAGCUGAACCAUUAAAAAAAAUUACAACCCACAGCUUUCAUACUGUUGUGAAAAUAUGUUUUUAAUUGUACAUCAUUGAAUUAAGCUCAUAAUUAUUAAUGUUACAGUUCAGGUUGUUCUCGUUACUGUUUUAUUUCCUAUAAUUACAACAUUACACAUACAAACGCACACACUCACUUCUUAGUUGAACCUUUUGUCAUAUUUGUUCCAUAAAAUGAAAACACUCAGAUUAUUUGUAUCACUGCACUUUAUCUUGAGAUGUUUAAUUGUUACACAUCAAAUGUUAAAGCAGAGAGAAGACGAGCGUAGAGAGGCUUUGGCUGUGGAUAAUUCCACUGAUUGGAGAGCUAUUGAUUAGGCAGCUCUGAGGGGAGGGUUGAAAGUAAAGCCAAUCAGCGAGAGGCCCCGCCUCCCGCAGACCUGCGCUCCCUCUGCUGUCACACUACAGACACUGAAAUAAAACCUCUGGACA